AUGGGACGUCAAGAGGAUAAACAACAACUAGCAGCAUUAAAUGACAAGUUUGCUUAUUACACAAGUAAAGUAAUGCUGAUGGAAGCUGAUGCUUACGCGAUGGAUGCUAAACUGAGAGUAUUAACAGAAUUUCGACAGGGCGGCUCAGCAGGCAUCAGAAUAGUGUUAGAUCAACGAAUCGAAGAAGCGCAAGAUACGUUACGUAAAGUGAAUCGAGAACGGAUGGAUUCUGAAAGAAAGGCAAAUGAGUCAGAAAUACUCUAUAAUCGGAUGGAAGGACCAGUGGCGGUGGUAUCAGAACCCGUAGGCCCAGAUCCGAGACUCGAAGAUCUUGAACGUCGAAUUACGGAACUGGGUAUUAGAAUAAUCGAUCGUCGUCAAAGAGUGAAUGAAAAGCAGCUCAAAGUCCGAGGACUGAAAGAUCAGUAUCACUUGUUACUCAAUAAAGAUGCCAAUGACCUAAAACAACAGCAAGAUACUAUUUUAAAAGCUACAGCAUGCGAUGGAAAUAUGAGAAUGCGUGAUAUUGAAUACAAAGAUUUAUUGAUGCAAUUUGAUGUCGAAUAUAACACACUGUCAUCGAAACACACAUUGGUCCGUGAUCACCUUAAUUAUCCCAAACUGGUUGAAGAUCACCUGAUGGCAAUGAUCAGUGAAAAACGUAUGGAAUAUGACUUAAAAAUUGAACAAAAUCGAUCAAAAAUCUAUUUCGGAUACGUGAGAAAGUUGUACACCUAUAUCAUUGAACGUACAUUAAAAUUACGCACAAGCUCGGUGGAUAUUCACAUUUGGGACAAACUGUUGGCACACAAACAAAUUGAACUGUUGGAAGUUAAGCAAGAAGUGGCUUUACUCAGCAAACAUAACGAAUUUCUGAGACAAAGAAUGGAACAAGUACGAAGACCAGUGGGUAGAAUGACAGUCGUGCAGCAAUUGGAUAUCGAAAUAAAGCAAUUAAAUAUUGAGUAUGAACAGUUGGUAGCAACGAAUACUCAAUUAACAGAUGAACUUCGACGUUAUGAACAAUUGUUAGAUGGACAAAAUGGUUUGAAAGAAGCAUUGGACAGAGCGAGGCAAAACCGACAACAUGGCAUCACAUGGAAUUCAGAUAUCGAUACAACAUUUUUGAAUCUUAUUCC